CACAUUUUCAAAUUCUCCAACUCUCUCUCUCUCUCUCUCUCUCUCAUUAUUGACAGUCCUUCAUCCAACCACCAAUCAAAAUCUCAGUAUAUAAACUACUUAUUCAUUUCUAUGACCUUAACAGAGACUGAAACUAAACAAACACCAUUGCUUUAUGAAAUGGGUUAUCUGUUUAACCUCCUAGGGUUGUGUCUAUGGAUGUUCUUGGCCCUCCAUGGCUCAAAAACUGUGGUUUCACAGAAUACAGGGGCAUCUGGGAUUGUGGGCCCUGGGAUUGGUGAAGGCACUGUUUAUAUCAAUGGAUCAGCCUCCAUUGGGCAGAUAGAUGAAGACUUCAUUUGUGCUACAAUUGAUUGGUGGCCACCUGAAAAAUGUGACUAUGGAACUUGUAGUUGGGGAACUGCUUCUCUUCUCAAUGUGGAUCUUAGCAACCCAAUUUUGUUGAAUGCCAUCAAAGCAUUCUCUCCCUUGAAAAUUAGAUUGGGUGGUACUUUACAAGACAAAGUCGUAUAUGAAAGCGUUGGCGUGCCAUGUACACAAUUUGUUUUAAAUAGUGCAGAGAUAUUUGGCUUCACUCAAGGUUGCUUGCCCAUGUCCCGCUGGGACGCACUAAACAGUUUCUUCAAAAAUGCCGGAGCAAAAAUUAUAUUUGGCUUGAAUGCAUUAAGUGGCAGAACAGUAGGACCUGACGGUUCUGCUGUAGGAGCUUGGAAUUCCAGCAAUGCAGAAUCUCUUAUAAGAUAUACUGUCAACAAGGGAUACACUAUUAAUGGCUGGGAACUUGGUAAGAACUCUCAUACAUCAUUCCAGAAUUUAUCGUAUCUUGAUGGUGAAUCCCAGCAAUUCAGCAACCUCCAAAGCAUUUUAAAAGCCUCUGGAACUUCAACAGUAGCAUGGGUUGGUGAAGCCGGUGGAGCUUAUAACAGUGGCCGUAAUCUUGUCACUAAUGCGUUUGUGUUUAGCUUUUGGUACUUGGAUCAACUUGGGAUGGCAGCCUCUUAUGGUACCAAAACAUACUGUAGACAAACAUUGAUAGGUGGAAACUAUGGCCUACUCAACACUACCACCUUUGUUCCAAAUCCUGAUUACUACAGUGCUCUUCUUUGGCACCGGUUAAUGGGAAGAAAUGUCCUAUCAACAAACUUCAUUGGGGUAAAGAAAAUUCGUGCUUACUCUCACUGUUCAAAAAAAUCUCAUGGAAUCACAUUGCUCUUGAUCAACCUAGAUGGUAACACAACGGUCCAAGUUGGAGUUUCAGUUUCGAAUGUAACCACAAAUGGGAUACAGAAAAUGAGACGUACACACCAUGAUCGGAGAACCAAGUUUGCUAGGAUGCCUCGGUUUUCAAAAUUUGGUGAACUUACAAGAGAAGAAUACCAUUUAACAGCCAAAGAUGGCGAUUUACACAGCCAAACAGUGCUUCUAAAUGGGAAACUACUUGCUGUAAAUUCCUCUGGCAUUAUUCCUCCCUUGAAACCCAUGCAUGUCAACCUUUCAGAACCUGUAACUGUCGCUCCUUUCUCUAUUGUGUUUGUUCAUAUUCCCAGCAUUCAUGUUCCUGGUUGUAGGUAGGCUUGCCCAUAUAUAUUUUGUAAAUUCUGUUUCUUAUUUCCAUUAGUAAGAUUUGGAAUGUGAGUGAAAUUCUUUGUCAAGCACCAUAAUAAAUGCAAAAUCCACUAAAAGGAAGUGCUUAUAAGUUAUAACUGACUCUCUGUGUCAACAACCAUGCACAAACUCUGAGAAACAUGAAUAUGGACAUGCGACACGAGAGACACACUACCACAAAAAUAAUUAAACAAAUAAAUACAGCAUGGGGGACACACAUAAAGUAUAUAGUUUUAUAUUUAUUAAAUAUCAUACAUACGAACAUUUCAUUGGAAAAGAACAAAAAAAAAAAAAAUACAAUAUAACAUUCAUUUCUAAAGUUUAAAUUAAGAAUGAGAGAUUAAUAGGUAUAAAUCUAUACUAUUUUCCAUUUAUCAUUGGAUCCUACGUUAUUUUGUUCAAAUUUGUAAAGUGUUUUAUGUGCAUCUAAGUGAUUGACACGUGCGUCCCUGAGUGUUCAAAGCGUGUCCAGUUCUAAAAAAUUAAAAAAUAAUCAGACCAAGUGUCAGGAAGUGUCCAAUGAGUGUUGGUGUCAAUGACGACUGUAAAUGACAGAUUGCUUGUGCACAGUUCUUUGGAAGAAGUAAUGUUUGAGAAGUAAAUUGAUAUGGACACCCGGUCAUAAAAAUAAAUAAAUAAAAAUAAAAUAA